ACCGAUCUCGUCUAACGAAGAAAGUUUUUAGUUUCUUCUUAAAUAAAUAUUUGAAAUAUGGAAAAUAUUGAAUUUGAAUGGCCUUGGCAGUAUCAUUUCCCUCCGUUUUUUACUCUUCAGCCCAAUUCUGAUACCCGAGCCAAGCAGUUUGAAGCUUGGAAAACUUUGAUACUGGACUAUCAUAAGACGUCAAAAAAGUACACUCUAGAUGUCACAGAAGCGCAGUCCUCUGCCCUUUUUUCCAAUAAAUCGAUUUCUCGUAAAUUGAAUCUUGAAAUGAUUUACUUGUUGUUGGAUGAAUUACAAAAGCAAGGAAAUGUAGAAUGGAUGGAUAAAGGUCGGCAAAGAUGUUACGUGUUUUGGAGAACUCCUGCUGAAUGGGGUAAAAUGAUUUAUGAUUGGGCUGGAAAUAACGCCAUGAUAAAUACUGUUUGUACGCUGUAUGAAAUUACAAACGGAGACGAUGUUACUAAUGAAGAGUUUUACGGGCUUGACCUAGGAGUUUUAAAAAAAGCUCUUGGAACUUUAGAAAAAGAAGGCCAAGCUGAGUUAAUUUUAGACGAAGAAAAUGAAGGGGUUAAGUUCUUCUAAAAUAUUGUGCUGAUUUUUAAAAUGUGUCCAAAAUUAAUAUGUUGCCAAGUUUUGUGCAUAGUAUGUUUGAAUGAAGAAGAAACAUCCUAAAUAAAAAAGAUUACCUUUGCAUUGGAAUGCAAAACAAAAUCAGUCAAAAUUUACUUUAACUUUACUUUGAGGUGUUGUGUAAAAUGCUUAAAUUAUGGCAAACAUUGAAUGAAAUCCUAUUGUUUUGCAUUUAUUAAUUUUCAUGAAUUUUUGUUACUGUAGUCCAGACAAGAAAAAAAAAUCAAAGGAAAUAAUUAUUUUAUUACUAGAAUCAGUUAUUGACCCGGUUUUUUGCAAAUUAUUACCUGAAAUAUCUGUUUCAUUUUGGAGUUUGGGGAAAGGGGGAGUCAAUUUUCUCCACCCUGGAUUCUAGAAACAUAUUGUCAUUUUCAUUUGGGUACAUGUUAUAUUUUUACCAAUCAAAUAUAUAGAGUAUAUUAUCAUCCCCCCCCCCCUCUCCUGAAAAAUGUUAAAAUGAUGGACCUUAUGUAUAUAAAAAUAUUGAGAAUUAAGCCACAAUCUUUCUGCAACAUCAUCAAUAGAAGCUUUAAAUAAUUCUGAAAGUAAAGUGCAAUAAUAUUUGCUUUCAUCCUUUUAUGUUUUGAAAAUACAUUUCAUGUUCAGUUUCUCUUCUUUUUCCUUUUCAUAUUAAAAUAAUUUUUAUCUUGAGUUGUACUGCUUUGAUAUUUAAAUGGAUUAUAUAAUGUACGUUGCACAUCAUUUUGAACAGUUAAUAAACUCAUUUUUUCCACUUUCAGUAUUGUUAUGACAUUAGUAUUUUAUUUGUGUGAUUUGUUUUUGUAUCAAUUUAUGAAAAUUCUUUGUGUGAUAGCUAAAGAAAAACCUUUAUUUUUCAUUCUGUUGGUUAUCAAAUGAAUAAUUUUUCAAAAAGUUUACAAAGUUAAUUUUGUUGUUUAUCACACCAUAGAUGGAUCCAGACACAAUUUGUGCCCAUUUUGCUGCCACUUCAUAAAAUUCUAAAUUAUAAAAGUAGUUUCUUCACAAAAGUUCAUACUUUUUUUGUCUUGCUAGGUCGGGAAAAAUAAGGGUUUGUGUUCAUUACAUUUUAUAGAGAACAAAAUAUGUACAAACAUGCCUAAUUUUAUUGUGUUUCUAAAAUCCAGAGGAGUAAAAUGAUCCUCCCCCCCCCCCUCCCGAUUGACCAAAUGACAGGUUUGCCUCUCUCAAAAAAAAAAAAAAACUUAUUGGCACAUUUUGUCUGAGGUUUCUCUAAAUUGGCAAAAAAAAUUUCAUGCCUAUUUGCCUAUAAUGUAUUUUUUCAUUAGAUCUAAGUAUGCUGGCAUGAUCAUAUUUAGUUGUUCAGUUAAAUUUGGUUUCAUCUACUAAUUGAGAACUUCCCCCCUCCCAAAAAUUUAAGUUCAGGGCAUCCCUGAUCACUAGGUAUUUUUGAAAAUUUUUAUCCUGAAUACAUGAUACAGUCAACUAUGGAUUAACCUUGGGACCAGAUUAUUCGCGACGGCCCCACAAAGAAUUUAUUGAAAGAUUUGGAAUGAAAAGAAGGUAGCACACCUGCAGAAAGAAUUAUGUUGCAGCUUUAUUAGAGGAAACGAAGAAAUGAUGUUAAAGAAUUUGCACAGAGUAAAAUUUGCUGUACAACAAACGAAAAGCAGAAAAAUGUCUAAUUUAUCCCUUAUUACUAAAAGAAAAAAAAAAGCUGAACUGUAAAUUUUUAUUAUUAGUAAAUCUAGAUAAACACUAAAAUACCCCACUUUUUUAAAAUAAUUUUUUGUUUCAUUCUUCUGCAUUAAUCAAUCUCCCGAUGUACAAUUUUACAUUUUGGAUCAUUUUUCAAAAAUUUUCAAUGAAAUUUGCUUAAGUUUGAUCAUUCAGAAAUUCUCUUAUUCAGCCAGGCAUUCAUUCCCCCUAUAGUCCCAGUUAAUCAGGAGAUGACUAUAUGAUUAUCUGAACAAAAUUUCAGUUCCUAAGAUAGUUUUGUAAUUAGUUAUUCAAUUUUGAUUUUUUUUCAGCAUAAUUCUUACAAAAUUAUUUUGUUUUCUUACGCUGCAUAAUUGAAGGCGAUCUCUACAGCAAGCAAUGUCAGGUCACAACAGGCACUGCCAUAUUGUAUUUUUUACUGUUCCAAAAAUUACUACUGUAUAAAACAUAGUUAUCUGCAGUAAUGUAACUAGGGGUUGGCAGCAGUGGCUCUCACCAGGGGCGCAGCAGCAAGGGCGUCAUUUCAACUGAAAAAAAAAAUUUAAAUUGAUCAUAUGAGUAGAAAAAUACUUGCAUGCGACAUUGCGUUGGGUAUAGUUUGAAGUGUAUAGUUUUUCUUAGGCUAAGUAUAAAGUCUUAGUUGAACAAAAUAUUGGGAGGCCUUAAUUAGCGAAUAUAUAUAAAACUCUUAUUUUUCCUGUAUGUGAAUGGUCGUGUUUUUAAGUCAAUUUUAGGUUAGCAAUGUAUUUUCUUUGCUUUACUCAUAAUAUAAUUUUUUAAAUUCUUUGAUUUUAUUUUUAAAAAAAUAGGGUUUCUUUCUUUUACUAAGUGUGUAAAUUAUGUUUAUUGUACAUUUUCCUAAUGGUUUGAAGCAAAUUCUAUUCAAAGUUGAAUGAAUCUGUUUUAAAAAAUAAUAAUAAAUACAUUGUUAUAAACAGAACAGAGUUUUUUUUUAUUCUCACUUGGUUCAAGAAAGUACAUUAUUUAUAUUUAUUAACAAAUUGCAUAUAUUAUUGGUUUUAUUGAAUUUGUGUGAAAUGGUAGGGGGAGAACUAAAAUUUUUGGGAAGGGACUAAUUUGGAAUAUGCUGAAUGAAAUCUCAAUUUUACCGAAUGAUAAAAUUCGAGUAUGUACUCAUAUACACAUACAUAACAUCUACUGCAGAGGGCAUCAUUGAAAACCAUGUUAAAACAGAAAAUAAGAAUAUUUAAGUUACAAUAUUGUCUCCUAAUUUGUCGAAACAAUUAGUCAAAUGUUCCCCCCAAAUUUUUUUUGGGUCACAGUGACCUCCGGUGACUUCCCAUCGAGACGCUCUGUGUGUGUGGGGGGGGGGGACACAAUUUCUUAAGUUUGCCAUGGGCGCCAGACCCCCUAGGUACACUACUGGUUAUCUGUUCCUCUUUAAAAUGUUGAAUUCUUCUAAUACCUGUCUGAUUUGUAUAUACCGUAUGCUUUGGUCCUCCUUUGCAAAGUGUAAUGUGCUGCCUGUAUUUAAAAGUUGUGAAUCUAUUUCAAACUCCUUACUCUAUUUAUGUAUAAUACAGUUAGCAAUUUCUGUAUAAGUUUGGAAAGGAUGGUUUAUUUUUCAUUGAUGUUUUUAUAUAAAUGUCUCUAGAAAAUAAAAGUGAUUUGUGUGCAUGUUUCAGUAAUUAAAUGGAAUAGGUUGCCUUGAAAAAUUAGUUUUUCAAUUUAGUAAUAGAAUUUUCAAUACUUCAACAAAGCUUUGAUUUUUACUUGGUAGUCUGUUUGGGUGCUAUUUUUGACAGAUAUUUUAUGAAGAGUGUUUAGCUUAUAACUAUCUUUUUAAAAAACUGAUUGUCAAUAAAGUAUGCUAGUAUUCUAGAUAUUUUUAUGUGAAAAAAGAAUUAACUACAAUUGAAGUGCUCAUUUAUUGAUAUAUUUUUGCCAUAUUUACUGGAGAGCUUAAAAAUGUUGGAUGGGAAAACCUUUUCCUUUUAAUCCUCCAUUAUCUGACUCUUAUGGAUAUGUGUAUGUUUUGGGAAACAUAAAAGUUCAUCGUUUUUUGCAAGUUUAAUUAUUUUUCAAGGUCAAUACUAGGGCCUCAUAUUUAAUGCCAAACUUGACUUUAAAAGUGCUGUUUUUUAAAUUUAAUUUAAUUUUAAUGAUUUGAAAUUUUGAAUACACCAUAUUCAAGGAGCAAUUGCCCGCCAUGAAUUUUAACUGUAGUUGUGAUGUGUUCAAUGUGAUGAGAAAUCUUAAAACUGGAACUUCACACAGUUCUUUUGAAGGCAGUUUCAAACUUUUGUGUUCUUGUAUGGUAUUUAUUAAAUAUCAAUUAUUAACUUUUAGAGAUAAAAUUAGGUAUUUUACUGUACUUUCCUAUUAUUUGAUCUUCAUAUUAUUUUUAAUUAAAAAUAUUUGUGUUCAAUGCAAUUUUUUUUCUAGAAUUUUUAAAUAUGUAAAGUAGGUAAUCCAAACUUCUGUAACAAUCAAUUUGAAUCCUAAUGAAAAUAAUAACUGUUGUGAGUUCUAUUGAAGAAUUAAAGGAAAUUGAAUUUAAAAUCAUUUUAAUCGGAUGAUUCAGGCAUUUCAGUCAAAAAAGAAAAAACUUUUUUCUCAAACUUUAAUAUUUUAUUGCACAUUUAAAUUAAAUAGUAAAAUUUAAAAUUAAUCAUUAGUUGUUUUUUAUUGUAAAUGAAGCAAAAAAAGAAAAUACUUUCCUGAUAAUGUCAAUCAGUUAAUCUAAAUUUUAAGUUUUGUAUUAUAGUGGUUUUAGAUUUAAAAAAAAAGGUUUUCUUCUAUUCAGAUGAAUUUACAUUUGCAGAUUAAUUUUAUUUUAUGUAUUUACUACCUGUAUUACCUGGUGUUGUACGGUCUACCUCGAAAAUUAAAGUUGUGUCAAGUGACGCAAAUCACAGUUCAUCAGUCAUGCAUUGUUCAGCAAUCAGACUUGAAUAGUAAUAAUAAUAAUAAAAAAUACUGUACAACUUUCUGUUGCUGUUCCCGAGCCCCAAAGGACCUCCCUACUAAAUUUGGCAAUUAUCUGAUGUAAACUGGUUUUAUAUAAGAAAACACCCCCUAUCUGGGGGGUUUCGGACAAAAACUACCCUAUGAAUUCCUGAGCAUCAAAGGAUACCUAUGUUAGAUUUGGCAAAACUCCAACUUAAACAACUGGAUAUAUAUAAGGAACAUUAACACACAGACACACACAAAUAAACUUCCACUUUUAUGUAUAUAGGAUUAAUUUAUUCUCCAAACGUUCCACACAGUUGUUCCAAAUUUUGCCUUAGUGUUCGUACUUCUUGGGUAUAAUAAAUUACCCAAUUAUAACAUGGUCAUUGUUUAUUGCAUCAUUUUUUCGAUUUUUUUUCUUUUGUUUCUCUAUAAAUGGUAAAGUAAUUCUUCUGUAGAAUGUUAAUAUUAAAACUAGGCAUCAUGCUUAAAAAAAAAAAAAAAAAAAAAACAUAGAGGCAAAUACUGAUGCAUUGUAGUAAAUGUGUUGUUUUAUUUAUUGUAAAAUACCAACAUAUCUAGUAACAUGAAAAUGUAUCUUAUAGAUUCAAAUUAUCUAUUGUUUUAAUAUAAACUUUGAUUUUUGUAUUCAGUUUCAAAUUACUUCUUUUCUGCUGACAUUGGUUUACAUUUUUACUCACACUUCCUUUUGUGAAAGUUGAGCAUUGUUUCUUUCUCCAGAGAGUGGAGUAUGUAAACUAUACAUACUAUUUUGUGAAAAAGAGCUCUAUAACUGAUUUCUCAUACUCAAGGAUGCAUAAAAAAUUUAUGUGACCAAAGACAUAUUAAAUUUUUUACUCAGGUUUUGUAAAAAAUGCUAGUGAUUUUUUUUUUUUAAUUAUUAUUGUUACUAGCUUUUUUGUUGAACAAAAAAGAUAUCUUAAUCCUUCACUGGUAGGGUGGGGUGUCUGACGCCUCAAAAUAUUUGGACUAAUGCAUUCAAAUGUUUUGUAAUAUUUACAAUAUAGCUUUAUAUUUAUAUGCAUGUAAUUUUACUGUCAGUUUUAUUUAUGUAAAUAAUACAAAAAUCAUAGAUUUUUUUUUUCUUUGGUUUGCUUUCCCCCUUAACAUUGUCUCUGACGAUCUAUUUUGUUGUACCUUGACAACAGGUAACCAAUAUGCUGCUGUGCUAAGUGCAAAAGUGGCAUCUGCAGCUGAGUUCAAAAUGAAAAUUUCCCAUUUAAUAUUGUCUGCCUCCAUGUAUUUGAUUCAGAUAAAAAAAUUUCCGAAUUUUUUUUUCAAAAUAUUUCCCAUUAACAAAUGACCAUAAAACAUUGUAUUUAGGUAAAAUAUCUGACAAGGAACCACCUGGUGACAAUAUCUCAAUUUUGGCAAAAAGUGCAGAUACGACUUUUGUGUUAGCAUGGCAGUAUUCAUUUAAAAAUUUUCCUUUCUUUAAAUUAGUUUUGAAUUUUUGUGAGUAUAAUAAUUUAAAAUGCAUUUUUAAAGUUAUUUUUAAAAACAUUGAUUCACAAUCUUCAGUAUUGGAUGCCAUAUAAUUAUGUCAUUAUAAGUUGACUGUAGAGUUUAUUACCGUACUUUCAAGAUCUGUAAUCCUGGUAAUAUGUUUCAAAAAUUCUUUUCAUAAAUAUUUGGCUGUUUCUGCAAAUACGUUUAAAAUGCUGUCUUCAUAUAUUUUAGUGCACUAAAAAAAAAGCGCUAUGUACUGUUCCUUGUUCUAGUUGUUUUUAUUUCAAAAUGCUUAGUAUUAUUCUGUUUGAUUUUGCAUUUUCUUUGAAAUGAUGAAUAGAAUUUCUUUAAUUUUGAAACUGGAUGUACUGUUCCAUUGCUUCCAAUGUAUUCUCAUUUUCUUGUGACUACAUGUUUGUAUACUACUGGAAAAAAUAUAUAGAUAAUAUAUGACUUGGAACUGUAGAUACAAUGUAGUUUUGUAAAAGCAAAUGGUUGCUGAAAAUAUAUUAAUGUUAUUUGUUUGAGAACGAAGCUUGACUGUGAUGUUUCAAAUUAUCUUGAUAAAAAACUGCAUGCUUGUGACUAGAUGUACAUGAAUAUAUUAUACUGUGUGCAGUAUACAUUUUGUUUUAUGUGAAUGAAUAAUUAUGUGAAGUAUUUUGUGUCAAAAAGGCUAUUUUUUAUAUUUUUCUUUUGCUUUGAAA